ACAGCGAUUUCUCGGAGGGGAGGGGAACACCGCCACACGACGACUCGCUCCAUGACGCCGCGCUGCCGCAGCAGCAGCGCGCGUCAAUAGAAAGUCAAAGCCGCAGCGCGCCGGCCGCGACCAACCCCACCAAAUCCCCAGCGCCCUGUCCGCCCGCCGCAGGCGCGGAGAGCUUGAAGCCGUCCCCGCCGCCGCCGCCGCCGCCCCCUGCAGAGAGAGAGAUUCAUGAGGGGCUCAAGAAUGAAUCCAGGCGACCGUAGAACGCGGAGCACGAUGACAAUAGUAAUUGUGAUGGGUUUGUGCUGCUUCUUUUACAUAUUAGGUGCUUGGCAGAAAAGUGGGACAGGAAGGGGUGAUAGUAUAGCCUUGAGGGUCAACCAAGAAACCGACUGUACAAUCUUGCCAAAUUUGCACUUUGAGACCCAUCAUAGCCUAAGUGGUGCCAAUCCAUUGAUCAUGACCAAUAAAGUGAUUGAGCCAUGCCACAUCCGAUACAGUGACUAUACUCCUUGUCAAGACCAGAACCGAGCAAUGGCCUUUCCUAGAGAAAAUAUGACAUACAGAGAAAGGCAUUGCCCUGCAGAGAAUGAGAAACUGCACUGUCUAAUCCCAGCACCAAAAGGCUAUGUCACCCCUUUCCCUUGGCCCAAGAGCCGUGACUAUGUCCCGUUUGCGAAUGCUCCCUAUAAGAGUCUGACAGUCGAGAAAGCUGUUAAGAACUGGAUCCAGUUUCAGGGAGAUGUGUUCAAAUUCCCAGGAGGUGGGACAAUGUUUCCCAAUGGAGCAAAUGCUUACCUUGACGAACUUGCAUCCAUCAUCCCACUUGCUGAUGGUACCAUCAGAACUGCACUUGAUACUGGAUGUGGGGUUGCAAGCUUUGGAGCUUACCUAAUGGAUAGGAAUAUAUUAACCAUGUCAUUUGCACCCCGAGACUCACAUGAAGCUCAGGUUCAAUUUGCUUUGGAGCGAGGUGUUCCUGCAGUAAUUGGAGUACUGGGAACUAUAAAGCUCCCAUACCCCUCUAGAUCUUUUGAUAUGGCCCAUUGCUCCCGCUGCUUGAUCCCAUGGGAAUCAAAUGGCGGGAUGUACAUGAUGGAAGUAGACCGGGUUCUGAGGCCUGGGGGUUAUUGGAUACUUUCUGGACCUCCUAUCAAUUGGAAUAAAUACUACCAAACGUGGAAAAGGUCUAAACAAGACGCAGAGGAAGAUCAGCAAAGAAUUGAAAACAUUGCUAAAAUGCUUUGCUGGGACAAAAUCCAUGAGAAGGAGGAUAUUGCUAUUUGGCAGAAAAAAGUAAAUUCACAUUCAUGCCAUCAAAUGAGUGGUCAUGCUAGCAAUAUGUGCAAAGUUCAAGAUGCAGAUGACGUCUGGUAUAAGAAAAUGGAAUCUUGUAUAACACCUCCCAGAGAGGCAGCACAAUUAAAGAAGUUUCCAGAGAGACUAUCUGCCAUCCCUCCCAGAAUUCUGGAAGGCCAUGCCCCAGGUGUUACAGAAGAAGGCUAUGAGGAGGAUAGUAAGUUGUGGAGGAAGCAUGUCAAUACUUACAAGAGGGUGAACAAGCUGAUAGGUUCUUUGAGGUACAGGAAUAUUAUGGACAUGAAUGCAGGCCUUGGAAGUUUUGCUGCAGCCCUUGAUUCUCCCAGGUCCUGGGUGAUGAACGUUGUGCCCACUAUAUCAGAGAGGAACACUCUUGGUAUCAUCUAUGAGCGAGGUCUCAUCGGCAUAUACCAUGAUUGGUGUGAAGCCUUCUCUACAUACCCUAGGACAUAUGACCUGAUACAUGGCUAUGGCAUCUUCAGUUUAUAUCAGAACAAGUGUGAUGUGGAAGACAUUCUUCUGGAGAUGGAUAGGAUUUUACGGCCCGAGGGUGCAGUCAUACUUCGGGACAGUGUUGAUGUACUGAACAAGGUUAGAAGCACAGUGGGGGGGAUGCGGUGGAAGUCCAAGUUACUUGAUCACGAAGAUGGCCCUCACGUUCCUGAGAAGAUUUUAAUUUCAGUGAAAGAGUAUUGGGUUGGCGGCGAAGAGAACAGUUGAUAGAUACAGAAUCCCUGAUGUUGAUGAUACUUUAUGACAGCAUCUUUCACUGUGAUGCGAACCCCUGAUGCUGUUCUGCCAGUGCAUAGAUACUCCAUACAUAUAGUGCAACAGACCCAGACCUCGCCAUUCGCCCCAUAGACGAUCAGGAUUUGGGCAUCCUAUUCUUUUUUGUUGUGCAUAUUUAGUACCAGAGCAUUAACGGAAACUUUGGCGAUUUGCCAAUACAUGUUUUAUAGGUAAACGACAAUAACUUAACACGCUUCAUUGUGUGGAGAUUCGUUUUACAGAUGUAUACAGAAAAUUUUCUUUUACUGUUUC